AUGGCUGCCGCCGGCCUGAGAGAAAAGUUUUUGAUACUGCCGGCGGCUGCCCUACCCACGUCACCGUCAUUUUCACCACAGGCGGCAGCUCCCAUCCGGGGGAAGCCUAAGAAAUGGCUGGUCUAUCCGCAUCCACCGAAGAGCUCCCGCCUGUCUCGGUCGGUUCUGCGCUGGCUCCAGGGCCUGGAUCUCACCUUCUUCCCCAGGAACGUCAACAGGGAUUUUUCAAAUGGUUUCCUGAUUGCAGAAAUAUUCACUAUAUAUUACCCCUGGGACCUUAAACUGUCAUCCUUUGAAAAUGGAACUUCUUUGAAAGUCAAGUUGGAUAACUGGGCACAGCUGGAGCAGUUCCUGGCAAGAAAAAAAAUUAAAUUACCUAAAGAGCUAAUCUAUGGAACAAUUCAUUGCAAAGCUGGAGUACCUGAAAUCCUGAUCCAAGAGGUUUAUACCUUGUUAACACAUCGAGAAAUUAAAAGUAUCCAGGAUGACCUCGUGAAUUUCACAGACUAUAGUUACCAGAUGCGUUUGCCCCUAGUUCCUCGGUCUACAGCUUCAAAGUUGAUUAAAGAUAACAUCAGGUUAUCAGAAAUAAUAAGCAAUCCCAACAUGCUCAGCAAUGAACUUAAAGUAGAGUUCCUCUUACUUCUACAAAUGUUGCAAAGAAAAUUAAGCAGAAAACUGAAUCCAAAAUGGUUUGAGGUCAAACCAACAGUGGGAGAACUGACUCUCGAUCGUCUUCCUCCCAAAGUCUCUGGGUGCAAAUACGAUGCCAUGAUUUCAAGGGCAGGCCUCGCUCCUGCUUUACGAAAUACAGGUACUGGUGGCAAUCCACUUAAGAAACGUGUGAAGCAAGCUGGAAAACAUUCUUUUGAAUCUGCUAGGAAACCUAUCAGAAACAAGGAAAAGUAAGCCUGAAAAGCACCCGUCUAAUGGCUUUGAAGAAGCGAUGCCCCAUCUCCUGCCAUACUAAGCGGAUAGAAUUACCUAGGCUUGGAUAUAUAAGUAAAUUAAAGUGGUGUCUCAUCCAU